AGAUACAUUUUUUUGUCAGCAGCAGAUUUUUUUUUUUUGGUGUAAAAUAAUUUUUACAGAUUUAUUGUGCAUAUAUUAAUGUCAACAAAACAAGUAUACUUGGCGAGAAAAAAACAAAAAAAGAGAAAAACGCAAAGUACCUUAACGUAAUUUAAAGCGUUAAGUGACGUGCAGUUGCGUGAGCUGAGAGUUUUGUUGUUAUUGUUGUUGUGGCUGUUGCCACUGCCAGAGACAGACAGAGACAACAUCGCGACAUGGAGGAUCGCAUGAUGGCCCACGCUGGCGGCAUGAUGGCGCCCCAGGGCUACGGCCUGCCCGGCCAGGAUGAUGGCCAAAAUGCUGGCAAUGAGAACGAGGUGCGCAAGCAAAAGGAUAUCGGCGAAAUACUGCAACAGAUCAUGAGCAUUUCGGAGCAAUCCCUGGACGAGGCCCAGGCCAGGAAGCACACACUCAACUGUCACCGCAUGAAGCCGGCGCUGUUCUCCGUUCUAUGCGAGAUCAAGGAGAAAACCGUGCUUUCCAUUCGCAACACGCAGGAGGAGGAGCCGCCAGAUCCGCAACUGAUGCGCCUGGACAACAUGCUCAUUGCCGAGGGCGUGGCUGGGCCCGAAAAGGGCGGCGGCGGCGCCGCUGCCGCCUCAGCAGCGGCCGCCAGCCAAGGCGGCUCGCUGUCCAUCGACGGCGCCGACAAUGCCAUCGAGCAUUCGGAUUAUCGCGCCAAGCUGGCGCAAAUCCGACAGAUCUAUCACCAGGAGCUGGAGAAAUACGAGCAGGCCUGCAAUGAGUUUACCACGCAUGUCAUGAAUCUGCUGCGCGAGCAGAGUCGCACCAGACCCAUCACACCCAAAGAAAUCGAGCGCAUGGUGCAGAUAAUCCACAAGAAAUUCAGCUCGAUUCAGAUGCAGCUGAAACAAUCGACCUGCGAGGCGGUCAUGAUAUUGCGCUCUAGAUUCUUGGAUGCGCGCCGGAAGCGUCGCAAUUUUAGCAAACAGGCGUCCGAAAUACUCAACGAAUAUUUUUACAGUCAUUUGAGCAAUCCGUAUCCAUCCGAAGAGGCCAAGGAGGAGCUGGCGCGCAAGUGCGGCAUAACGGUGUCGCAGGUAUCCAACUGGUUUGGCAACAAGCGCAUCCGAUAUAAGAAGAACAUCGGCAAGGCCCAGGAGGAGGCCAACUUGUAUGCGGCGAAAAAGGCAGCCGGCGCCUCGCCCUACUCCAUGGCCGGACCGCCCAGUGGCACAACCACGCCGAUGAUGUCGCCCGCACCGCCACAGGACUCGAUGGGCUAUCCCAUGGGCUCCGCCGGCUACGAUCAGCAGCCGCCCUACGAUAACACCAUGGGCGGCUACGAUCCCAAUUUGCAUCAGGAUCUUAGCCCUUGAGGAUAGGCUG